CUCUCUCUCUCUCUCUCUCUCUCUCUCUCUCUCUCUCUCUCUCUCUUCCGUCCCUCGACUCUUCUGUAAUGUUGGCUCUGCUUAUCGGCUUGUUGUUUUCGGUCGUUCUUUUGGAAGUUCGAGGCGUUGUUGCGAUCACAGGAGUUUGUCCUCUGGAUUUUAGCUGGGCAAAUUUUUCCUCGGCAAUUUCUGCUUGUUCGGAUCCAAAUGAGAGGGGACAUUGCUGCCGCUACAUCAAUGCCCUUGUUACAAUUUCUAUUGCACAUUAUGCGAAUGAAACGGGCAAGCUAGGGGUUCCAUCAGCAUUCUCUGAGAUUUGCCUUAAUUCUGUUUCUGAAACGUUUGGUUUGCAUGGAGUUCCAGACAGUGCUCUAGUAUUUUGUGGCCUGGGCCCGAAGAUUCAAGUUUCUUAUCAGUGCAGUGGAAGGGGAACUGUGUUGGAGAUGAUGCAGUCCCCUAACUUUAGUGAUGUUCUUAAUAAUUGUGAGAUGCCACUCACAUUAGAGGAUAAUUGCAGGAGAUGUUUAAACUCGGGCAUUUUAUAUCUUCGUGGUCUUAUGGGCUUAGACAAUAAUGUUGCAAUGAGUAUGUGUCGUGAUGCAGUUUUUGUCGUCCUAGCAACCCAAGUUGGCAAUGUGUCAGCCGUUGACAUGGCCAGCUGUUUUUUUGGAGUACAAAUGCCACGCAACCUCCCAGGAUUAAGUUCUCAAUUGAUUCCGCCUACUUCCCCGCAAAGCCCACUAUCUAUUCAAAGCACAGGUCAAAACCAAACCAAUGUAACUGGCACGCCUCUCAAGAAACAUCAUCAUUCAUACCUGCUGACGCUAAUUCCAGCAGUUGGGGUUGUGGUUAUUACGGUGGCAGUUCUCUUACUGCUAAUUCUCUUAGUACUUAUUCAGAAGAAAAUUAAGGAAUUAAAGUUUUCAGAUGAUCACAUUGAGAAAUCAAGGCGUUCUUCACCCCUACAAUCCGUCUACAAAUGUCAAGAUGGUCCAUAUCCCAUGUUCCAACAGUUUAGUUUCAAAGAGACGAUGAAAGCAACAGAUAAUUUCAGCACCAUCAUAGGAAAAGGUGGUUUUGGAACGGUCUACAAAGCUCAGUUCAGUGAUGGAACCAUAGGUGCUGUGAAGCGGAUCAACAAAAUAUCAAAGCAAGGUGAAGAGGAGUUUUGCCGAGAAUUAGAGCUCCUUGCUCGGUUGCAUCAUCGCCAUCUUGUUGCUCUCAGGGGAUUUUGCAUAGAUAGAAAUGAGAGGUUUCUCGUGUGCGAGUACAUGGAAAAUGGAUGCUUGAAGGAUCAUCUUCAUGCUCCGGGGAGACCUCCUUUGAGCUGGCAUGCCAGAUUACAAAUUGCUAUUGAUGUUGCCAAUGCACUGGAGUAUCUCCAUUUCUAUUGCAAUCCUCCUCUUUGUCACAGGGACAUAAAGUCGAGCAAUAUUCUUUUGAAUGGGAACUUUGUAGCAAAGGUUGCAGAUUUUGGCCUUGCACAUGCUUCAAGAAGUGGAACGAUCAGUUUUGAACCAGUGAGCACUGAUAUUCGUGGAACUCCUG